AUGACUUUACAUAGAGGCGAUCUGACGACGGCGCUGACCCAGGGGCUGGAACAGAUCCCUGACCAGCUGGGCUACCUGGUGAUCUGCGAUGGUGCCGUGCUAGCGUCAGCUGGUGAGCUAGAGAACGCUGAGCACAUGGCGGGAGCGAUCUCGGAGCUGGUGGGCACAGCCUGCGGGUUCCGGCUACAGCGCAGCCCUGACCCCCCCUUUAAACGCCUCUCUGUGGUGUUUGGGGAACACUCCUUCCUGGUGACUGUCUCUGGCCAGAAGAUCUUUGUGGUGAAGCGGCAGAACCAUGGACGGGAGCCGGUUGCUGUCUGAAUCAGUGGGAGGGAGGGGGAGCAGGGAAUACAGUGAAGUGCAGCUGGGACAUAUGGAAGGGGAGUCCCACUUCAGAGCCUGACCUGUAAGGGUGUGGCAAGGGGGAGCCUUUCCCCCUGAAGGAGGAGGGAGGGCAGGCACAUGCCAUGCUGUAACUGUGGGGGAAUAAAGAGUAUUUCCUAACUGUU